GAGAACUUUGCGCUCCACUUUUCCAUCUCUCCAUAAAGUAAAGUGCGGUUGUUCCAUCUCCACUGAUUAGCCGCCCACUGCAGCCAUCGUCUUAAUUUCUCCCCUCCCGGUCGUCCUCCCGUCAACGGCCAUGGAUGUGGCUUCUCCUAGCUCCGAUGGAGAUCUGCAGGCAGGGCUCCUGCACCCCACCGCUAGCAGCUCCAACUCCAUCUCCAGGUGUCCUCAUUUGUCCCAGCAGAGACAUUAACAUGGCUAGCAAGUUGCAAAAUGCAGCAAGUCUAACUAUCCGACUACUACAACAAAUCACGGAUAAUUUCUCAGAGGAGCGAAAAAUUGGUCAAGGCGCAUAUGGAACGGUUUACAAGGUAACAUGGCAUGCUUGGUUUUCGACUCUGAAUACAAGGUAACAUGGCAUGCUUGGUUCUGUUAGUAAAAUUUGCAGGAGAUAUUUCGACUAGAAUAAUGUAGUGCAUUAAGCAAUCUACUUGCUUAAUUCCAUUGACAACCUUCGACAGACUAUCUAACAAAACGCGACAUAAAACCAAGCAUAACCUGGGGGUGCAUGCCAAUGGAGAGGAGAUUGCUGUAAAGCUGCUCCGUAAUAACCUGCAAGGAACUGACGAUGAGCAAUUCAAACGUGAGUUUGAAAACCUCAUGAGGCUCGAUCAUCACAACAUUGUACAGUUAGUUGGCUAUUGCUACGAAACACAUCAUAAACCUAUGCUGCACAAUGGAGAAACCAUUUACGCUGAAGAAACAAACAGAGUGCUCUGCUUUGAGUAUAUGCGAAAUGGAAGCCUUCAAAAGCAUAUUUCUGAGGAAUGUGAUGGACUUGACUGGCACACACGUUACGGAAUUAUCAAAGGGACAUGUGAGGGAUUAAAAUACCUUCAUGAAGGAUUCAAAGAACCAAUUUACCAUAUGGACUUGAAACCUGACAAUAUACUGCUAGAUGAGAAUAUGAUGCCAAAACUAGCAGAUUUUGGCUUGUCUAAGCUCUACGAUGGAGAACAAUCAGUGAUCACUCAAAUUCUUACGGGAACAAUUGGAUACUUGCCGCCGGAAUAUUUAUUUGAACACAUAGUCUCGAAGAAGUUGGACAUAUUCAGUCUGGGUGUUGUGGUGACAAAGAUAAUUACGGGGCCUAGAGGCCCCACCAGGAGGGCUGAAAUGACUUACCAAGACUUUAUUAAUCAAGUACAUGUAAACUGGAGGAAAAGAUUGCAGGAAACAUGGCAUGCUUCCCAACCUUUAGAAGCGUAUUGCAAGCAAGUGAACAUAUGCAUUGAAAUAGCAUUGACCUGCAUGGAGAGCGAUAGGCACAAAAGGCCUACUAUAGUAGAUAUCAUACAUAAACUGAACGAGACUGAAACUGUGAUCAAAGAGCUGAAAAAUGAUGAGGGUCACCGAUGGACAAGCAACCAUAUUACCGAGGAUAUUGUAGCGCAAGAAACUGAGCGUGAUUAUCGUGCUAUACCUGAUCAAGACCCAACACUCAUGGAACCUGUUAGGAGUGAUGUAUUAGAAAAUACAGAGGGAGUUGAGAAUGAAUAUGCAGCUGCAGAGGAUGAUCCCCUGCCAGGCAUAAAAGGACUAAGAAUCACAGGUGAAGCUUUCCCUGGAAGAGAACUUCAAGCGAGUGGGUUUUCCAUCAACGGAACCAGAGGUUGUAAUUUCGAGUGGGUACGCCAUUUCGAAGAUGGAUCCGUGAAGUUCAUAGAAGGUGCACGGCAGCCCACAUAUGUAGUUACCGCUGACGACGUGGACACUCUACUAGCCAUUGAGGUCCAGCCACUAGAUGACCGAAAAAGAAAGGGAGAUGUCCUGAAGAUUUAUGCCAAUGAACAAAUGAGAAUUACUUGCGAUCCUGAAAUGAAGGAGCUUAUCAAAAGAAUCCUUUCCAUUGGGCAUGUGUCUUAUGAAGUCCUGCUACCUUUUCAGGUUAGAUUUCUAGAUAUGUGGGAACCUGCUGUAUUGUCAAUAAAGAGGGAAGGUUACAGCAUUAAGUGUAACGGACAACGCGGUGUUGUCAUUACAGAGAGAUUCCAGCAAUCCACGGAUAUCAGUAUCCCAUGGGCGCAUCCUACUGAGUUUUCAAUUCAGUCAGCUAAGGGCACGCAGUAUAAUGUCAAGCCUGCUGAAAAUUCCCCAUCACGGGAUACUAUUGUUCUAAUACUGAGGGUGUUCAGGAUGCAGGCUAUUGAGAAGAGCAAAGCAAGAAGAUGGGGCAUCUUCUCCAAGUAGAGUAGUGUGGAGUGGAGUAGGGUAGAAGGCUGGGGUUGCUUAAAGAUAUUUAUGUUUGGCUCGUGAUUCUUGUGUGCAGAAUGAAAGAGCAAGCUUGUUUUCGUGCAUUUUAUUGGUCUAUCUGUCAGACUGUAUGCCUGUGUC